CACAAUCAUGUCCUUUUUUUAUCAGUGAAAAUUUCUUUGAAAAUGCACCACACCUGACACUUGUGGUGCGGCUGUGAAGACGGACAAUGAUUCAAGAUCGUAAUCCCAUUUUGUGGAACGUUGAGAUAAAUGGGAAACUGUUUAAGGAGAGAUGACAACGCAAGUGAAACGAGACCCGAAUUAGGGACUUCGCAGAUAAACAUGUCAUGGCCGGAUGACUUCAAGGACACAUCACCUUCAAGUUUGCCCGAUGUUGUGGUAGAGAAUGAUAAACUAACUCUAGACUUAAGUUUUUUAAAGUUAAAGUCGUUGCCGGAACAGGUUUGCGAAAGAGGAAUUAUUGAGGUCCUUAAUCUGAAUUGCAACAAGAUAUCUACUUUUCCUUAUAAAUUCGCAGCCCUUCGCAACCUCACAGAGCUUUAUCUUAGAAAUAAUUAUCUGGAAUUUCUACCAGCGCAAAUAUGUUCCUCGGUUAGGUUAGAAGUCCUGGAACUGAAUCGAAAUCUUAUCGAGACUCUGCCUUAUUGCGUCAGCCAUUUAUGUCACCUUCGGAAACUAAAUCUCGCCUUCAACAAUAUUAAGGAUCUUCCACCAAGCAUCCGCUAUUUACAACGGCUGCAAUAUUUAAACAUGGAAGGGAAUAGUCUUCAAAGUAUUCCCGAAGCCGUGUUUUCGCUAGUCAGCUUGGAGGUUCUGGUUUUAAGUGAUAAUGAAAUUGAAUGUCUUCCCCAGAGUUUAGUUCAGCUUGUUCUCCUCAAAGAGCUUUACCUAGAUGAUAACAAACUGACCGAGCUUCCGGAAUCCUUAUUGCGGUUUCUUUCCGAACUUGACAGCCUGAAUGUAGGUAACAAUGCAAAAGUAUUGACAUUAUGUAAGCAUCAUGAGCCCCGCACGAAAAAGGUCAGUAAGCGAAAACAAAAUGAUGUGGAUCCCAACCCGGCUACAGGGGAACCAUUUGAAGACCUCCAACAGUUUGACCGCAGUGUAGUUGCUGAGGAUCGCUCAAUGGUCUUUUCAGAAAUAAAUCUAAAUCACCCUGAGGAGAAAAGAGACAUCUUUGAAGGAGUAAACGCUUUUGUUAAUUUGAAAUCUGAAGACGCCAAACCGAAUGCUGCGGAGACAGCAAGGCGAAAAGUUCGUGCAACAAAAGCGAGCGUGCGUGAAGCACUCCGUCCUUCCCCAAAGUGGCGCAUUCUCUACCGUGAAAUGAAGAAAGCAGGAUUUUUGCCGAAUGUUAACGUAAAACUGCCGAAGCGCCAAAAGCAGGAAAAGCCGCCUAAGGUUGCGAAACAAGGGUCUCGUUACACUUGGAGAGGCUGGCGAGUGGAUUCUAAUUUUGAAUCCGCGGUUUCACAGCCAGGAGGGUCGCUCAGUUCCUGUUUCGAUGACGAAAUGGAUGAGUAUGGUCACCCUGUGAGCAUCAGCCGACUUCUACCCGAAGUGAAAAGAGUUGGCGGACGUAUAACACUCGACCUCAGUUGGAAAGAGCUCAAAUUUGUGUCCCCAACAGUCUGCGAGCUCGUAAAUCUAAACUCACUCCUUCUUGAUUUCAACGAAAUUGAAGAGUUACCAUUCGCCAUAGGAAAUCUUUCGAGAUGCCGCAUUCUUAGUCUUGAUUGCAACAAGCUCGUUUCUCUUCCGGAAAAUCUGCGAUUGCUUUCCAAUCUUAGGCGCCUGCAUUUAAACGGAAAUCAUCUUCGCGCGUUUCCUGACUGGCUUGAAAACUUUCAGCAGCUCACAAUUCUCUCCGUAGAAAAUAACGGAAUGCCAUUUUUUCCGGGGGAAAUCUGCUCCCUUGAAAAUCUGGAGUCUCUUUUACUCGCGGGAAACAAGAUCAAAGAAUUGCCCGAGAAGAUCAAACGGCUCAAGCGUCUAAGAGAAUUGUGCCUGGGACGAAACAUGAUUACUUCCAUUCCCUACUCCAUUUCCGAAAUGGAAUGCCUGCGAGUACUUCAUCUCGAUAACAAUGAGCUAAACGCGAUCCCUUUCCCCGUCUUGAGUUUAGUUGGGUUACAAACGUUAAAUCUCAAUGGCAACUCCUUGAAGUCAGUUCCAGACAGUAUCACCAAUCUUCGAAACUUGGAGGAGUUAAACCUGGGUAAGAACGUCAUAAAAUACUUACCAUAUUGGUUUAAUGGCUUGGAAAAUCUUAGUGUUUUGUCUUUGAAUUGCAAUGGCAUGGCAGUUUUCCCUGAGGUACUUUGCAAACUACCAUCCUUAAUUUCCCUCGAUUUUUCUCAAAACGAGAUCACAGAGCUGCCAGAUUUUGUACGGAGUAGUAUCGCGGAAAUGACGCACUUAGAACAACUGGAAUUAUCCAACAAUCAACUCCAAAGAUUACCGGACAGUUUCAGUCAUCUGGUCAAUCUGGAAGUUCUUCAUUUAGAGGGAAACCCUUUGAUAGAGCUACCGGAAAAUAUGAGUGAGCUUGUCAACCUCAGAAAGUUGUAUAUCGAUAGAACAAUCAAAAUACCACAAAAGAUUUUCCGACUUCCCAAACUGGAAGUUUUCUAAUUUUCAGUUUCGUCACAGUCUGAAGACUCUGAACGCAGGAGCUUUAAGUUCGUCGGCCUGAACGUUGGCAUGUAGUGAUGCAGCCUUAAA